CUGUGUCUUCUGUAAUUCCCAAAUGGCUCGUACGAAGCAGACCGCUCGCAAGUCCACCGGCGGCAAGGCGCCCCGCAAGCAGCUCGCUACUAAGGCCGCUCGCAAGAGCGCGCCGGCCACCGGCGGCGUGAAGAAGCCCCACCGCUACCGGCCUGGCACCGUGGCUCUGCGUGAGAUCCGCCGCUACCAGAAGUCGACGGAGCUGCUGAUCCGCAAACUGCCGUUCCAGCGGCUGGUGCGCGAGAUCGCGCAGGACUUCAAGACCGACCUGCGCUUCCAGAGCUCGGCGGUGAUGGCGCUGCAGGAGGCGAGCGAGGCCUACCUGGUGGGUCUGUUUGAGGACACCAACCUGUGCGCCAUCCACGCCAAGCGGGUGACCAUCAUGCCCAAGGACAUCCAGCUGGCCCGCCGCAUUCGUGGAGAGAGGGCUUAAAGGACAGCAAAUGUUUUCGGCUGGAGGAAAAAAAAAGGCUCUUUUAAGAGCCACCCACAGUUUCACUUAAAAGUAGCUGUACAAUAAGU